AUGGGCUACGGAGAUCAACCUGGAUACUACAAUCAACAACCGAUGGGUCCUCCCGGUUAUCCUCCACAACAAGGAUAUCCGCAACCACAAACAAUCAUAGUGCAAGAACCGAAUCGAAAUAACUCAGGCGGCGGUGGUGGUUGUUGUGCUGGACUUCUUGCUGGUCUUUGCUGUGGUUGCUGUGCUUUAGAAUGUUGUGAUUGUAUGACCGAUUGCUGCUGUGAU